UCUUGAAAAGCUAGCUUUCAGAAAGAAUCUAAAGGAACACAACUACAUUUUUCAUACAGCUGGUGCAUCCUCAAUUGGAAGAAUGUCACCGUGUGACUUCAGGAGGCUUCGGUGCUUUUCUCUUCAGAAGCUUCCAAUCUUCAUUCUACUAGCUUUGUCAUCUGGCUUUCUCAUUAAAUACACAUUCUACAAUCCAUGCACCUUGAAAGACAUUCAGACUGACAGAGAGAGUGUCAAGAGUCAGAUCUGUAGGGAUGAACUCUAUGAACUUGUAAGUCUAAAACUACAGGAACACACUGAGCUAAAUUGUUCCAAGAUUGUUAAGGGAGACUCUGGAGCUAUACAAAAGGCAUUAGACGUUAAUACUGCUUUGAAAAAGAAGAAUGUAUAUUUGUCUGAACAAAUGUAUUUAAACCUGACUACAGAUUGCCAAAAAUUCAAACAAUUAAGAAAAUAUAUUACUAUUCCUAUGAGCAAGGAAGAAGAGGAUUUUCCCAUUGCAUAUUCAAUGGUCAUUCAUGAGAACAUUGAGAUGUUUGAGAGGCUAUUGAGAGCAAUUUAUUUUCCUCAGAACAUCUAUUGUAUCCAUGUGGAUGAAAAGUCUCCAGCAAAGUUCAAGGAGGCAGUGAGAGCUAUCACCUCAUGCUUUGAUAAUGUUUUUGUGGCAUCUAAACUGGAGAAAGUGGUCUAUGCUUCUUGGUCAAGAGUCCAGGCUGAUCUCAACUGCAUGGAGGAGCUACUUAAAAGUAGCAUUCAAUGGAAAUACCUUCUAAACACUUGUGGCUCAGACUUCCCACUUAAAACAAAUGCUGAAAUUGUGCGUGUUUUGACAACAUUAAAUGGAAGAAACACAAUGGAAUCUGAAAAGCCUUCACAAUACAAACAAACACGCUGGAAAUUUCACUAUGAAGUAGGUGAUCAAAUUUCUAAAACUGAGACUAUAAAAGUGCCACCACCGAUUACAAGCCCGAUGUUCACAGGAAAUGCUUACUUUGUGGUGUCCAGAGAUUUUGUGAAGUAUAUAUUUGAAGAACCAGAAGUUCAAAAGUUUAUAGAUUGGGCCAAAGACACUUACAGUCCAGAUGAACACCUUUGGGCUACUUUGAACAGAAUGCCUGUUGUUCCAGGUUCCACUCCAUUCAAUGGAAAGUAUGAACAAUCAGACAUGAAUGCAAUGGCUCGAAUGGUUAGGUGGUCAUACGAUGAGGGUGACAUAACCAAAGGGGCUGCUUAUCCUCUUUGUACUGGAACUCACAGAAGAGCAGUAUGUGUCAACGGUGUUGGAGAUCUCAGCUGGUUAAUUAAACAACAUCACCUGAUUGCCAACAAAUUUGACCCAAAGCUAGAUGAUACUGCUAUACAUUGCUUGGAGGAAUAUUUACGAUAUAAAACCGUAUACCAAAAAAAUUUAUAGUCAUCAGGUAUCCUUUUUUUUAUAUAUAUUUAGUGAGGCAUAGCACAAAUUUAUCUAUGUGCAACAUGAAAACACAUAGAUGUAUGCAGCAUAUAUUAUACUGGUGAAAUAAUUCACUUAUUAGAAAAAACAGUCAAGGAGCAAAGAGCACCUAGACUGAUGAGUUUCUUAUUUUUCAAAGUAUGAACUUUAACUUAUAUGUGCAGUCCAAAUCUGACCAUUAAACAAACAUUCUGAUUGUUUGCUAGGUGGAACAAGUAUAAGUAUAUUGGAAGUGUAAAACUGAUUCAGAUUGGUUGCUAAAUGUAAUGCACUUCGUAAUUUGUGCUUUAGAUUGUAUUAGUGACUAUGCUUAAUUGAUACAGACCCUAAUCUGUGGAAAUUGCUGUAUUUGCCUCUGACCUCACAACAUUUUUAAUGUUGUUGUUGAAAUACUGUAGAUUAUCUUAAUCUAAUUGUUAUGUCUGCUCUUUGAGGUGUAUGGAUUUUAAUUUUCAAUUUUUUCUAUAUAUUUUCUAUACAGA